GACUGGCUAUACACUACCUCAGAGAAUAGGUGGACAUUAAAUUCGAUUGGAUCUGAGUGGCUGCAGCAGAUUUUUAUACUAAAUACGGCGCCUACAAGCGGUAGAUAUCAACUACUCCUUCUUAAUAGCCGCGGCUCCCAUACGCCUAUCAAGUUUAUGGGGCUCUACAAGGUGAAUAAGAUCCACCUGCUAUAUCUCCUAGCUCACGCGUCCUACGUGCUGCAGCUACUAGAUCUAGCUCCAUUCUGUGUACCCAAGUCGCGCUAUCGUGGUUAG